GUGUCGGACGCAGCCGAAGUUGAGCUCGACGCCGUGACGCAAACAAUGAGCGACGACUGUUCGGAUUGUUGUUUCUUCAAAUCGUGGUCAGACGAAACUCAGUUUGUUAUUUCAUAGACAAGUCGCUCUAAUCGGGAGACCAUGGUGGUGUCAUUCCAUGUGGAGUCUCGAUAACCAUUGAGGAACAUUUGCGACCUGCCAUGAUAUAGUCAGCUGUCGUCAAUAACCUCUAUAUUUUGGGAAAGAAUUGAGAACGACCUGAAAUGUCAACAUAAAAAUUAAGGAAAGAACAAAUCCUAAAAAUCUGCAGGACCGGACAGGACAGGAUAGUGGAGAGGGGGUGUUGGGGAUGGGGUUGGAGAGCCAAAAGAGGACGUCAUGGUUCACAGCGGCUCUGCUUCCCCAAUGAAAACAACACCAUCAGGAUCACCUCAUUUAACUGUCCCUGCUGCAGCACCCCCUCUGCAAGUAGAACCUCCUCUGGUACCGCCUCCUGGAGAUACUACUGGUCAGGACCUAACUCAGAGCCCUGCCAACCUCCUCAGCACAGACCUUACCUCCAACUCAGACUUGACACAGACCUCUACUCCGUCUCCUGCUGAUGCAGAACCCCCCGCUGUAACCCCAGCAAAAGCACUUACAGCUAACUUUAGCCCAGCAUCAUCCUGGUCCUCUACACAGGCAUCAACCCCUGCUCAGGGCACAGUCAAUGGCCGCACAUCAGGCAGGAAGAGGACCCCUAAGGCAUGUGACUGCUGUGGACCCAACAGUACAGGACAUAAUGUUAAAACCCCAGGCAGGGGGAGGGGGAGGGGAAGAGGGAGAGGGAGGGGAGCUGUUAGGGAUCUUGGGGACACCCCAAAAAGAAACGUGGGGGGCCAGCUGACACAAAUCAAGAGCUUGACCAAAGAGAUGGUUGAGGAGGAGGCAGAGGAAGAAGAUGACUGUUUUGAGAAGGUGCAAAUGACUGUAGCAAUGGCUGAUACUCAGUCACAACCCCUUGCUCCCCUGCCUGUUGCAUCCCUGCAGGAUGGACCAGUAAGGAACUGUGUUGCUCCAGAGAAAGGAGAUGCACAGAAAAAUGAGGACACAGUGAUAGAGGGGAUGGGGAUUAACAGCGAAGGAGGUGGGGAUGGCAGGGAUGUGGAGAUGAGAUUGUCAGGAGCACCAGGCAGGGGAGCAUCUGUAGUUAGAGGGAGAGGUAGAGGAGGGAUGGGGAUGAUUGGAGCUACACUUGCAUCAAAAAUGAAAGUGGAAAUUGGACUAAAGAGGGGAGGUGGGGCUGGUGUUGUCAUCAGUUCUAUAAUGGAUGCCACAGCUCGAUCAGUGGUAGUGCAGAGUCAGGAGGUGAACAGAGAUGCAGAGAUGGUGCAUGGGGAGCAAACUGACUCCAGCAUGGUUAAAUCUCCAUUUGGAAAUGGAGACACUGUAAACCUGUCUGACUCUGAACCUGAAGGGGACGCUAAGGAGGACAACAUGAGUGAACUGAGAAAUGGACUGUCCGUCUCACAGCAGUCAGGCAUUGCCUCAAGGUCAGUAACUCCCCAGGAUCUUGACUCUGAGAUGCAGGUGGACCAGACUCCUGAUGGAGCAGACCAAGUUUCUUUACCAGUAACUCUGUCCAACGGAAACAUCACCAUGCCAACAGACAGUGAGCACAAAACCACACCUAUGGAAAUGGAAACUUCUAAUCAAAACCAGGGACCUAUUACAGUGUGCACCACGCAGCACCACUGGGCAUUAACAGACCACAGGCUUUACUGUCAGCUGGGAACCUGGGAGAAGGAGCAGAUGGAGGAAACGUCGAGUAAGGGUCUGUCAGGAGAAGCAGAGAUGCAGAAUGAAGAAAGCUUGGAGCAAUUGACUGAAAUGGUCCACGAAUUUUUGGAGAGCUUCUAUAUGAAGUAUGGCAGUUUCAUUCCUCUCAGUGAGACAGAUGUCCUGGAAUACCUGAAGAAAAAUGGAAACUCUGACCUAAGCAAAAGGGGACUGGACAUCAAAGGGGAGAUGACUCGGUACAGGUCGGGGCUGGCCUCUGCUCCUAUUGCAGGCUUCAUGGUGAUGUAUAACAAACACACCCUGGGCCUGGAGGACCUUGGCACGCUGGAAGAACAGAAUUGGCUUAACGACCAGAUUAUCAACAUGUAUGGAGAACUCAUUAUGGAAGCAACACAACACAAGGUUCAUUUUUUCAACAGCUUCUUCCACAAGCAGCUGGUUGCCAAAGGUUAUGACGGUGUGAAGAGAUGGACUAAAAAAGUCGACCUGUUCUCCAAGUGGUUGUUGCUAAUUCCCAUCCACUUAGAAAUCCACUGGUCUCUUGUCACAGUCACCAUGGCAACCAAAACCAUCAGUUACUACGACAGCCAAGGCAUCGUCUUCAGACACACUACAGACAACAUAAUGAAGUACCUUCAGUCUGAGGCCAGAGAGAAGGAACAGACAGCUUUCCAGAAGGGCUGGAAAAUUACUAUCAUCAAGGGUAUUCCUCAGCAGAAAAACGACAGCGACUGUGGAGUUUUUGUCCUGGAGUACUGCCGUCGUCUCUCGGUGAAGCAGCCCCUGCUGUUCAGUCAGGAGGACAUGCCUCGCAUCCGCAAGAGAAUCUACAAGGAACUGUGCGACUGUCGCCUUAACGAUUGAACGACUGAAUAACGGCCUUCUUUGCUCACUGACUGCUCACCUGGUUACAUGAGACGGCCUGUCCAAGUCUGUCAGACGUUGUACAGUCUGUUACACAAGCUAACACAACCAGGCCAUCUGUUUUCCAGGGAGUCCUAACUGCCAGUCUGCCCAUGUGACUGACAGCAAGAGUGGCUGUCACUUGGGAUUUUUGGUGACUUUUGGAGUUCAAUAAUACUCUGUAGCUAAGCAGAUUUUUACGUGCAAACUUGCAAAGAACUACUGAUGUGGCCCUCUACUGACACCCUAAAAUGCUGGACCCGCACACUUCAGGUUGCUUUUGCAUUCUACAUUUACAACCCUCCCUCCCAGAAGAUUUCAACCAAAUGGCCAAACAGCCGCCUUUAAGAACACAGAGUUCUGACUUUGACUGAGGAUGCAGGCGUUGGACCAGCCUGGACCAAUGGGAUGGAUUUUCCCUCCCAGAUGGAGUGGCCUUAUCUCCUGGAUGGCCAUUUUAGACUGAAUUACAUUUUUAACAGUUCAUUUUAUGCUGGACUUUACAGCAGUAUCAUGCUUACAGUUAUAUGCGUGUUUUCUAACAUGUUAAUGAAGCUAGGAGGUGUGAUUCAGUGGACCAGCUGUUCACUUUAAACUUGAAGGUUUGAGUUGGUUACGUUCUCUUGGACUACAGAUAUUUGCACGGUCAGAGGCCUAUCCAUUGUAGAGUAGAGGAUAUCAAACGAAUGUACUGAUCACAUUUCCUUCCUGGCUGCCUCGCAGGUUGGUGACAUAGCAACGUACAGGCUAAUGGCACAUUUUUGGCUGUGGCUUGAAACAGGGAUAUAUCAUGUUUCAAGGUAGUUUUUGUUCAUCAGGUUUUUGACACCUACUCUGAAAAUCAUUUCUUAUUAAAAUUCCAGAUUUUCCACCACACAAUUCCCUGCUUUUUAUUUUUUCUUUCUUUUUUUGUUUUGUUUUGCUGUGAUCACAUCCUUAUGGUAGGUUUUGCACAUGCGUUGUUCCCAGCCGUUUCAGCUAAAAGCCAUUGUUAAAUGAUACUUUAAGGUUUGAAUCCAUCAGUUUGAGUUGAACACAGUUUCUUACGCUGGUUAGUAAAUUCCAUGUUGAGCUGUACAGCUAGCAGCUGAAACAAAGUUUGAUAUUAGCCGAGAAGUUUCUCCAGCUUUAUAUUGUCACGGCUUCAUGUGGACGCAUUAACAUAGGUGCAGAAAUUGUGGUUACAGAGUGGCCUCUCGAGAGAAACAAGUGGACCUCAGCUGUUUUGAUUAAAUAUUCUCUCCAACCUGAGUUUUGUUGUUAUAUUCACUUAUGUGUAUUUACAGAUUGUAUUGUACUUUUACUGGCCUACUACUGUACAUGCUUGCUUUGGCUAAAAACCAGAAUGGUUUCUGGACUGUUUUUAUUGUUGUUAUUAAAAGGCCAAUACUGCUGGGAGACUGAGCAAUGAUUUGUUACAGCUUUUCUCUUAAUGAGUUUUGAAUGAGUCCUGUGCUGCUGCUGUACAUUAACAAAAAUGCUCAUGAAGAAAUUGAUGUGAUGAGGAAAAAUGGAGGAAACAAAAACAGUGACAGGAUCAAGUACAGAUGAAAAAUAAAUGUCCCUAGAGAGGAAUUGACUCAGUGACAAAAAAUAGUUUUUAGAAGAUCAGUGUACUAUAGCAGUAUUACUAUAUAAUUGCCAGAAGAGGGGGCUCUGUAUCAACAAUUAUCAUCUUGCCAUAAUCAUCCUUUUUUUCAUCUUUGGCGUCCAUCCAGAGCACAAGGUCAGAAACAUGUCAGUGGCCCUGGAGUUGGAUAGAGAUUGAGUGUCUUGCUCAAGGGCACUUCAGCAGGGAGACCUGCUGACAUGGGUGCUUGACCCAUACCUACUGGGUAGCGGAUGGUCCACUAAUCAUUAUGCGAGCCUGAUUACUUCAGUGCUACAUACUUUAAUGUCAUAAUUAGCAUGAGACAGGCCUGUAAAUUAGUUGACCUUUAGAGUAGGUUUCUGCUAAUUAUAUGCGUUACAUAAAGGCAUGUUCCAGUUUGAGACAACUGGGGUUUCAUCAUCUCAGACUGGGGGGAGUGCUUUCUUCAGAUUUGCACAGCUAGAAUGAAGAUGGCUGUAAUGCCUUAUUUGCAAUGAUUUUGCUAGUGUUGUCCUGUUAUUAUGGGAGUGACUAAGGGGCUCAGAAGAAGUUUACACAGUCAACUUUUCCAUUUUUGUUACAUUAAUGUUUUUUGUGUCAGCAGUGAACUGCAACCCUGGAGUUAGGCUGAAUCUGCUAGCUGCUGUAGUCAUCCCCUCACUUUAAGGCAAAUAUGGAACGAUAAGUUUUAAGUGAAAAUUAGAGGACAAGCCAUCUGAAUCGUGCUGUGGUGUGUCAGUUGUGACCUUAAAGCUGCAUUUUUGUCUGCCUUCAGUAUGUGUGUAGGUGCAAGCUAACUGUUUCCAAUAAAGGUGAAGACGGCCUG